AUGGCAAUGGCAAGGAGGACAGCACAAGGCCAAGUUGCUUAUCAACGACAGUUAGAGAAAAACCGGCAGAGAGAUUUGUUGCAGCAGAGUUUAGAAGAAGACAGAAAGCUGGCAUUGUAUUAUGAUGAAAGCAUCCAGCGUGAAGAAAAAGUGCAGAAGAGAAGGUUUCUGAGGCAACAGCAGAUCAUGAGCAAAGAGAUGGAAAUGAAUGACUCCAUUGUUAAAGGAGAAAGAGAUAGAAUAAUUAAACAGCAGCAGAUGGAGCAAGAAGAAAACUUGGCCCGCGAGUUGCAGAGAGUUAAACUGGAGCAGUUAAGAGAUGAGAAGAUGAGGCAACAGAUCAGAGAAACAAGCCUUGAGCUCCGAGAGUUGGAGGCUAAACUACGUGCUGCCUACCUCAGCAAAGAAAGAGCUGCUCAGGUUGCCGAAAGGGAAGCCAUGAAGUUCGAUGAAAUGAAACGUGAAUCUGAGAUUUCUCGACACUUGAAGGAGCAGAAUGAGCGAGCAGAGGAGGCAGAAAGACUUAGGGAAAUGGAAAGAUAUAAGGAAAUGGUGAGGUAUCACCAGGAACUGGAGAGGCAGCUGGAAGAGCAGGAGGCCCAGAAACAGCAGGCAUAUGAAGAGUUCCUCAAAGAGAAAAUCAUGAUUGAUGAAAUUGUGCGCAAGAUUUAUGAGGAAGAUCAGAGGGAACUUGAGAGGCAAAUGAAAAAACGGCAGGCUACUCAGAAGUACAUUGCAGAGUUCCAGAAAGCAAGAGAAGAAUGGAAACAGCAGGAGAAGAGAAAGAUGGAAGAAGAAAACAACAGAAUCAUGGAGUUUGCCAAGAAAAUGCAGGAGAGAGAAGAUUUUCUCAGGGCUCAGAAAAAAGAGAAAGAUUCAGCUAUGGGAAAAUUACAUGAAACACUGGCUACAGAGAUUUCACGCAAAGAAGCUGAACGAGAGGAGAUGGAGAGGAUCAGGAUGGAGCUGGUUUUUGAGGAACAAGAAGAGAGGGAGAGACAGAGGGAAAUGGCAGAGGUUGAGAAGCAGAUCAGGCAGAAGAUUGAGCUGCAGAUGACUCAUGCGCAACAGAUGCACGUCAAACAACUGAGGCUGGAAGCCGAGAAGGAAGAAGAAGAAGAGUUCCGAAAACAGAUGCUGGCUAAAUUUGCAGAGGACGAUCGCAUCGAACAGAUGAAUGCUCAGCGUCGCAGAAUGAAGCAGCUGGAGCACCAGAGAGCCAUUGAGAAGCUGCUUGAGGAUCGAAGAGUGCAGUUUGCCCGGGAGAGAGAGGCUGAUGUUGAGGCCAGGUUGGAGGAAGCUAAGCUGGAGGAGUUCAGGAAGAAAGUCAUUGAGGAGGAAAGACAGAGACUGCUCAAGGAGCAUGCCACCAAGUUAUUAGGAUAUUUACCUAAAGGUGUUAUUCGUGAUGAUAGAGAUCUUGAUAUCCUAGGCCCAGAGUUCAGACAGGCGUACACUAAACGGCAGAUAGAUCCUUUUGAUGAAACAGCCUGGCUUUCAAAAUAA